AUGUCUGCUUUUGAUGUUGCUGAAGUCUUCUCGGCUCGAGUUCUUCCUGGUGAGGACACUCCCAAUACAUCUUUCUCCAAAAUAAUAAAGGCUUUUCGUUCGUUCAUUCUUGAGUUCAGAUUGGAUACACAGUUCAUCUACAGAGACCAAUUGCGAGAAAACUUGUUGCGGAAAGAGUAUAGUCUUGUAGUAGAUUCGGAUGACUUAAUCCAGUUUAAUGAAGAGCUACAAAAGAAACUAUAUGACUCUCCUGCCGAAAACAUACCACUUUUUGAACAAGCGAUCAAUGAGAUUGCCAAAAAAAUCGCAUAUCUAUCCUCUGAUGAAGUUCCAACUGAUUUUCCCAAUUGCCAACUAAUCUUGAAGUCUAAUGACAGCUUGAUAUCAAUAAGAGAUUUAGAUGCCUUUCAUAUUUCAAAAGUCGUUCGCAUCGCUGGGAUAAUAAUCAGUGCAUCUGUUCUAACAUCCAAACCAACUUCGGUUCAAGUGGUUUGUAGAUCUUGCAAACAUACCAUGAAAAUUGCUGUCAAUUCUGGUUUUGGAUCAGUAACUUUGCCCAAUAGAUGUCUAGCUCCUCCCAAUCCUGGGUCUGAGCCCAACCAAUGUCCUUUGGACCCUUAUGUCAUUGUUCAUGACAAAUCGAAAUUUAUCGACCAGCAAAUCCUUAAAUUGCAAGAAGCUCCAGACAUGGUUCCUGUCGGCGAGAUGCCUAGACAUAUUCUAUUAUCUGCUGAUCGAUACUUGACCAAUAAAGUGGUUCCAGGCACAAGAUGCACCAUUGUGGGCAUUUAUUCUAUAUAUCAGUCAAAGGUGAAAAAUGUGCAAGCUGUUGCAAUUCGAAAUCCGUAUUUGAGAGUGCUAGGUAUUCAGACUGAUGUUGACCACACUGCCUCUGGAAACGCUAUAUUCACUGAGGAAGAAGAGGAGGAGUUUAUAAAACUAUCUAGAAAACCAAACCUAUAUGAAUCCUUUGCGAAAUCCAUUGCUCCAUCCAUUUAUGGCAAUGAUGAUAUCAAAAAGGCUAUAGCGUGCUUGUUAUUAAGUGGAUCGAAGAAAAUACUUCCUGAUGGAAUGAGAUUAAGAGGAGAUAUAAAUGUUUUACUACUAGGUGAUCCAGGGACAGCUAAAUCACAAUUACUAAAAUUUGCUGAAAAGGUGUCUCCAAUCGCCAUUUACACAUCAGGUAAGGGCUCGUCUGCUGCAGGUUUAACUGCUUCGGUUCAAAAGGAUUCAAGCACAAGGGAGUUUUAUUUGGAAGGAGGUGCAAUGGUUUUGGCUGACGGCGGUGUAAUUUGCAUCGAUGAAUUCGAUAAAAUGAGAGACGAAGACAGAGUUGCAAUCCAUGAAGCUAUGGAACAACAAACAAUAUCUAUAGCCAAAGCUGGGAUUACGACAGUGCUAAAUUCAAGAACAUCCGUUCUAGCAGCCGCUAAUCCAAUAUUUGGUACUUAUGAUGAGAUGAAAAGUGCUGGUGAAAAUAUCGAUUUCCAAACAACCAUUUUGUCUCGUUUUGAUAUGAUUUUUAUCGUAAAGGAUGAGCAUAAUGAACAAAGAGAUAUCUCAAUAGCUAACCAUGUUAUGAAUAUCCAUCUCGACAAAGUUCACCAAGUUGAGGGUGAGAUCCCCAUUAAUAAAAUGAAAAGAUACAUUUCUUAUUGCAAAGCUAAAUGUGCUCCUAGACUAUCUGAAGAAGCUGCUGAGAAAUUAGCCUCGUAUUUUGUGGAAAUUCGAAGUGAAUUGAGCAAACGUGAAAGAAUGAAAAGUGAACGUUCUUCGAUUCCAAUCACAGUUCGUCAACUAGAGGCCAUCAUCCGUAUAUCUGAGGCAUUAGCAAAACUUCAUCUAUCACCAGUGGCCACUGAAGAACAUGUUGAUGAAGCAAUACGAUUGUUUAGAGCGUCUACAAUGGAUGCUGCUAGUCAAGGAAGCGAAACUAGAGCCGAGUUGGCUUCAGAGGUGUCGAAAAUCGAGGACCAAUUAAGAAGACGAUUACCAAUUGGUUGGUCGACAUCGUAUAAAACUAUUAAAAAGGAAUUUGUCAACAAUAAAGGGUUUUCUCAAGAAGCAUUGGAUAGAGCUUUAUACAUUUUAGAAAAGCACGAAACCAUUCAGUUCAGGUUUCAAAGGGCCAAUGUUUUUAGAUGUGGUGCGUAG